AUGGAUCAAGAAGAAACACGUCCAGAAUUCAAAGUUGUUAUUAUGGGUGACUCAUCUGUCGGAAAAACAAGUAUUGUUCAACGUUUUAACCAAGAAACAUUCGAUUAUAGCAUGGAUACAACAAUUGGCGCUUCAUUUUUGACAAAAAUAGUUGAAACAGAUUUAGGACAAGUCAACUUAAAUGUUUGGGAUACAGCAGGCCAGGAGAGGUACCGAAGUUUAAUUCCUACAUAUGCAAGAGGCGCUCAUGCAGCGAUUAUUUGUUAUGAUACUACAAUUAUGGUUACUUUCGAGGCAGUUCCUAGCUGGAUAGAGGAACUCCAUAAAUUCUGUACAGAAGAAGUUCCUAUUUACAUUGUUGGAAACAAAUCGGAUCUGAAGUCAGUAGUUUCUGAAGAACAGGCACAUUCACUUGCAGAUCAAUACCAUGCAAAGUACGCCCUUACAUCAGCUAAAACUGGAGUAGGAAUUACGGACUUAUUCAAAAUCAUUGCAACAGAUUUAGCUAAAACUAAAGUAGACUUCAAGAAUGAUACCGUUGAUCUUCAAGCAUCAAAAGAUAAUUCUAAGAAGAAAUGUUGUUAA